AUGCGAGCCUUCGGACUCCCCGCGACUCUGGCGGCGCUGCUUGCCGCCAAUCUUGCCGAUGCGCAGUCGCAGUACCUCGUCACCGACAUGAGCUUUGGACACGCCGGAACAUUGAGCUCCGCCGACGCCCACGGGAAGAUAAAGAACUUUGCCCUCUCGGGCAAGCCGAUCCAGCCUGAGCUGCUCUCCAACAAGGUCAUCCUGACCCCCGUCGCCCCCGGCAACCAGCGAGGUGCCGUCUGGGCCGAGAACCCCCUGACGCGCUCGACUUGGUCCGCCGACGUCGACUUCCGCGUCAGCGGACCGGAGCGAGGCGGCGGCAGCUUGAACAUCUGGCUCGCGCGCCAAGGCGGCGUCGAGGUCGGCACCCACAGCAUCCACAGCGUCGGCAAGUUUGACGGUUUCGCCCUCGUCAUCGACUCGAGCGCGAGGCACGGCGGCAUGGUUCGAGGCUUCCUGAACGAUGGCAGCAUCGACUACUCCAGGCUCGCCACCGUCGACGCCAUGCCCUUUGGACAGUGCAAGUACGCGUACCGCAAUCUCGGACGUCCAUCCCAGGUCAAGAUUAUUCAGUCGCCCAAGUCGUUCCGGGUCGAGAUCGACAGCAAGCUCUGCUUCGAGACCAACAAGGUCAGCGUUCCGGCCGGCAACUUCUUCGGCAUCACCGGCGCCAGCGCCGACAACCCCGACUCGAUCGAGGUCUUCAAGCUCGUCGUCCUGUCCGAGUCGACCGUCUCGGGCGACGGCGACGCCAAGCCCAUCCCGGUCAAGUACGCGACUCAGCAGCAACAACCUCCGGCCGUCACGCCGAACAAGCCGAACAUGGCCAAGGCCGCGGCCAAGGUCCCCGCCGACCAGCCGGCCGAAAAGUUCACGUCGUCCAAGGAGCAGUUUGAGGACCUGCACAACCGGCUGCAGUCGGCCAUGCACCAGAUCGCCGACGUCCACGACUCCGUCCUGCAGAAGCAGCAGGAGGAAGAGCAGCACCACCUCGACGUCAAGCAAGCCAUCGAUGCCCUACGGACGCAAAUCCUCCGCCUGCAGCAGUCGGACCUCUUGCUGAACCGCAUCAAGGAUCUCGAGUCGGAGGUUCACGGACUGCGCACCGAUCUCGGCUCCAAGUUCAACGCCCAUGACGAGUCCUUCCAGGGCUACCUAAGCCAUCAUCACGCGACGUUGCGGAACGUGGUGGCCAACAGCGUUCCGGGACACGGCAAGGUCAUUUUCUUCCUCAUCGGUUCCCAGAUGGCCGUCGUCGGCGCCUAUAUCCUCUACAAGAAGCGGAAGAACAACAACAACAUGAAGAAGUUCCUGCCUGAGCAACCGGGGCUGAAGAGUGAGAAAGAGCUGGACGGGCUCGAAUCCCUUGCUGUCAUGGCAGCUGAAGCUCCGUACAGGGUCACCGGCCAGCUGGACCUCGGCCGAAUCGAGGCCCUGCUCCGGGUGAAGGGACCGGCGGCGGAAGAUGAUGUCCGGGCCCUGCGAGAGGAUCCGCAUACCCUCUGCGCGCGUGUCGCCAGCAACCUGGUGGUGAACACUAUAUUUCAACGUGCCCGGCUCAGCAGCUCAGUCUUCUGCCGACAUCAACGAUUCGACCAAGAGCAAGACAAAGACAAAGACAAAGACAAGGGGCUCGGCGGCACCGAAGAGGCGACAGAUGGUGUGCUCCGAACGCUGUUCUUCGACCCGACGCUGACGUCCUCACCGGGCAAGGUUUCGUGGAAUGACUUGCUCUACGCCAUGGCGUCGACGGACAUUUUCGCAGCAGAGAAGAUGUACGGAUCCGUCUGGCAGUUCCAGAGGGUCGAUGGACUCGAUCAAAGCCGCAUCCAAUUUCACGAGCUGCACCCUCUAGUGAAGGUCCCCUUUACCGUGGUCAGAAGCCACGGUAGGAGAUUAAACAGGUCCUACGGCUGGACCCGCGCCACAUGUAUCCAUAAAUGA